AUGGCCGUGUGUCUAGUUGUCGGAAUCUACACCUGGAUCAUCUCACACAGUGGUUCAUUGUUACAUCCACGAGGCCCCGCCACCUUGUCUUCUCGAGACCACCUCAUUGCUACGGCCAAGAAGACGAUAAAACAACGAGUCCUCCUGCCAGCAUUGUUCGGGAAUCGCCACCUAAUGCCGCUCCCCUAUAACGCAGGAUACAUGCCUAGCCGCGCCUUGUCGCUGUUCAUCGCACUGUACGUCGUUCUCAACGUCAUCUUUUGCUGUGUGGACUACCCUCUCGCUCUACCCAACACCUGGUGGACCGAGACUCGGCGACAGGUAGCUGCCUAUGUCGGCAAUCGGACGGGUGUACUCAGCUUUGCGAAUCUAGCAAUUGCCACUCUCUUCGCAGGCCGGAACAACAUCUUGAUCUGGAUUACGGGAUGGUCGCAAACCACCUUUCUAACUCUCCACCGCUGGGCCUCGCGUAUUGCUACCGUCCAAGCCAUCGUCCACUCUAUCGUCUACACAGUCGUCUAUUUCUGGGAAGAUCCGAAUGGAAGUGCGAGAUCGUACUACGCCGAAGCCGCAAAGGCCUAUUACUGGUGGGGCAUUAUCGCAACAGUGGCGCUCGGGAUCAUGCUUGGACUGGCGGUCCUGCCUGUCCGGCUAGGAUGGUACGAGUUCUUUCUCAUCACCCACAUUGCCCUCGCCAUCCUCGCCCUCGUGGGCUCGUGGUAUCAUGUUGACCUGCGGUACAACAAGCAAUGGGGUUACGAGGUAUGGCUGUACCUUUGUUUCGCGUUCUGGGGGUUCGAUCGCCUUUUGAGGAUCAUACGAGUGGCCUUGUUCAAUAAUUGGCCAUGGACAUCGUCACAAGGUUUCGGAUCUGGCUCGGUCAAAUUGCACUCAACUCAACCGCCACGUAUCCCGCGUGCAGUUCAAAUUCAUCGACUUCCAAACACAGACAUCGUCCAGCUGACGCUGUUUCCUGGCCGACACUGGGAACUAGCGAUACGGCCGGGGAUGCAUACGUUCUUGUAUUUCCCUGCAUCGGGCAAGUUUUGGGAGAGCCAUCCAUUCACGAUUGCCGACUGGGGUUUCUUGAACGGCGCCGGUGGGAGCGUGGAAGAGCCACACCACAGUGAACGGGUCUCAUCUGAGAUCGAUGUGGCUGAAAAGGAUGUCCAUCAUGGCAAAACUACGCAGGCCAUCACCACGGCUACUCCUGCCGACCAUACCAUCACCGACUGGAAGAGGGCGAGGGACUCUCUUGAAAAGCAGGACAAGUACGACACCGGCACAUUCUAUCUACGCUUCCUGCUGCGCGUGCGACAGGGGACUACAAAGUCCCUUCUUCAUCUUGAUGACCCGGUUCCACAGCACCGGUCCAGUCACACUUCCGGCCCUGUGAUUCUAACCGAAGGUCCAUAUGCCGGACACAUGCAGACCCUGUACCCGCUCAUUACUGCUGACACUGUGCUUUGCAUCGCGGGAGGCAUUGGCGUGACUUUCGCGUUGGGAUUUGUCAAGAACUAUCUUGCGUCUCGAAAGAGCAGUGCAAAAACAGAGCUCAUGCACAAAACGACACGAUUCAUUCUGGCAUGGUCGGCAAGAGAGGCCGGGCUUAUUGGCCAUGUGGACAGCAUCCUAGCUGAAUACGCGGCAGAUGCUGAAGACCGUGAUUCAACUUCUGAUACAGCCAAGCGAGUCGAAUACAAUGUAUGGUACACUGGCGUGGAAACGCGGUCUUUGCCCUCCCAACAGCAACAGAAACAAUACCAGGAGAACAUUCCGUCUGGUUCUGAACGGGUUGAUAACACGAACGAGAAAGACCAAGUCACCAAGUCGAUAGAUGAUCCACGUUCGACAUCUCCCGCUGGUUCGGGCAGUAAUAGUCUCAAGGAUGUUUCUACCAUUCCACUGCCACGCACAUUCGACAAGACAUUAGUACGCGGCAGCCGUAUGCCGGUUUCCGAUGUCCUCAAUUCCAGUCUAGAUGUCGGUCACUGUACGGCCGUUUUGGUUUGUGCGCCGGGUGGAAUGGCCGAUGAUGUGCGCAAAGCGGUUGUGAAGGCUACUGGCAAAGGAUUCGAUGUGGAUCUUAUCGAGGAGGCAUUUGCUUGGUGA